AUGUACGGGCAAGGGAACCAUCAAACACACCAGGAGCGGCCCUUUAGAUGUGACCAGUGCACUCAGUCUUUUAACCGCAACCACGAUCUCAAGCGUCACAAGAGGAUUCACCUGGCAGUCAAGCCGUUCCCCUGCACCUCAUGCGACAAGUCUUUUUCAAGGAAAGACGCUCUCAAGAGGCACCGAUUGGUUAAAGGCUGCGAUACCGAUUCUGGGAUGCGGGGCGCGAAUAAACCGUCAAGCCAAGACGGGACCGAUCCGACUACCGGAAGGCCGCGAAGCAACGAUUCGAACAUCGACCCGAAGCUCGAGAGCCCACGAGAUAUGGGGAUCCGGCGAUAG